CAUGCAUCACCGCCGUCAUCGCGUCGUGGCUCCGGCAGACCACCACAAACGGAUCAAUUAAGAGUUGUUUCCCACAUUUUCUACCGACGGAUCAUCAUCCGCCCACCUCGGCUCUGAUUUGACGAAUGUCCCGUGUCACGAUGAACCUCACCCAGCCCGCCUAUAUAAGAAACAGAAAGUUUCCCUAAGAUUCAAGCAAAAGCAAAGUGUCCACAGACGAAGAGCUGAACCACGAAGAAGCGCUGUUUCCCCCGUGCGUAAACGUAGAAAAAAAGAAGCCAAAACUCCAGAUGGAGAGGUCGGUCAGGUUCGCUGUGGUGUGCGUCGGAGUGUCUCUGCUCGUCUCCUGCCAGCCCGUCGAAGCCUGGUACAAGCAGAUGACCGGACCCAACUACUACUCGGUGGGCCGCGCAUCGGGGCUGCUGUCCGGCAUCCGGAGGUCUCCGUACGUCCGGAGAGCCGAGUCCGAGGAGACGGUGAUGGACAGCGGGGAGGCGGCGGGAAGCAACGCCAUCCAGGACACCAACAGGCAGAUCUCCGUCCUGAAGAACAUGGCCAUCUGCCUGAAGGACAUCUCUCCAGACCUGAAGAGCUGCGAGCUGCUGCAGGACGGGACGGGCACCUUCCAGUGCAAGGCAGAUGUCUUCCUCACCCUGGACUCCUUGGACUGCCUGUCCGCAUGAGUCCUUGUGAAUCCUCUUCAUCAUCCUCCAAAAAAAAAAAAGAAAAGAAAAGAAGAGCUUCUCUGGAAAAGCUGGGGGAAAAAAUCCAAACAGAGAUGAAGGAUGACACUAGACAUGUUUCUAUGAUGGACCGCUGGGAGCUCUGAAUGUUCUCUCUUAUUUAAAGAAAA